AUGAAGAUCCUUACCACCCUCAUCGUCCUGCCACUUCUGGCUGCAGCCGUCCCAGUCUACAAAGACGCCUCGACCGGUGAACCGUUCACUUCCCCCGACCUCGAGAAGCUCAGCGUCGACAAGCGCGAGGACAACUGCAACACUCACUGCCAGGUUCAGUGGGACAAGCUUCAGUCAUGCAACUGGAUGCCAUCUUGCGCUCAGAGCUCUCAUAUCGACCAGUACCGACGCUCCUGGCUCAUCCUCCUUACCAUCAUCCUAGCCAGUCUAGCCGCCGCCGCAAUACCCACCCAGCAACAAUGCGCAGCAGCCGAGUCCUCAUGCCACACUAGCUGCAGCUCCCUCCGAAACAACCUCAACAUCUGUAUUUGCAACACGCCUGGGGCGCCAGAAGACGCGUGCCACGAUGCUCAGGUCGCUUAUACCAACUGCGCGGUCAAGAAGUGCGUUCAGCCUGAGCAACGCCGUGCUGAUGAUGUCGGGGAUGUGCCGCGAUGGGUUCUACAAGGUGGACGCGUUGUAGCUUAUACCGAGAGUUGA